CAAAUAUCUUUUGAUAGCUGUCAAGUCGCGAGUUGUAGCUUGUAACUCCGAAAAUUAGUAUGAAUUUAACUAAUUUAAGUUAGAUAAAUAAAAAGACUUUUAGUGAACAUGAUGAUAAUACGAACUCAAUAAAUAUAAAAAUACGAAAAACAAAAGUACUUCAUGAUACAAAAUUAUAUUUUAUCAAUUACAGUAUAAUUUGUUGUUCGAGAAGAAUUGUAAGACUGCUGAUUCUAUAAACAAAUUAUUUGAUACAAAAAUGGCUGAUAUUCUUGAUAUAUUAGACAUAGAACAACCGGCAACAGAGAUCAGCAGGGACAGUAUUAUACAUGGCGAUAAGAACAAAAAGAAAUAUGUUACCGCUAAAGCUGUCAAGAGGCCCGAGGGAAUGCAUAGGGAGGUUUUCGCAUUACUUUAUAAUGACAAUAAGGAAUUACCUCCUUUACUGCCUACUGAUACGGGAAAAGCAUACAAACAGACAAAAGCCAGGCUUGGCAUGAGGAAAGUCAGAAAAUGGGUAUGGGCACCAUUUACUAAUCCUGCACGUAAAGACAAUGCAGUUUUCCACCACUGGAAGAGGGCAUCUGAUGAAGCUAAAGAAUACCCCUUUGCACAAUUCAAUAAGCAAGUGUCAAUACCAUCUUAUUCCGAGUCCGAAUAUAACCAAUACUUAAAAUCUGAAGAUUGGAGUCAAGCAGAAACUGAUCAUCUGAUGGAUUUAUGCCAACGUUUUGAUUUGCGAUUUAUUGUAAUACAUGAUCGAUGGGACAGGGCUGCAUUCAGAGAUCGAAGUGUAGAAGAUUUGAAGGAACGUUAUUAUAAUAUCUGCUCUAUUCUGAGUAAGGUUAAGACUAAUCCCUGGUCAAACACAGUUACAAUGGUGAAUGGCGAAAAACGCGUCUAUCAUUACGAUGCUGAACAUGAACGAAAGAGAAAGGAACAACUGCGAAGACUAUUUGAUCGCACUCAAGAACAGAUCGAUGAAGAGCAAAUGCUGCUAGCUGAACUGAAAAAGAUCGAAGCCAGGAAACGGGAAAGGGAAAGGAAAACUCAAGAUUUACAGAAACUUAUAUCAAGAGCAGACAGCGGCACUAUUACCCCAUCAACUCCGACAAACCAUAACACAGAGCCCCCAGGAACACCUUCAAGCAUGGCUGCCAACAUGAGGAGGCAUGAUCGGAAAUUACAUAAGAAGAAGAUAACCACACAGCAAAGACCCAUGCGUGCUGUGGAAAAUGUGACAGUGGAGUGGUCAGGAAUAAAGUUUCCGGAGGCUCGAGGAACUGGUGUAUGGCUACGCUCUCAACGCAUGAAACUGCCUCCUGGAGUAGGACAACGUAAAACGAAAGCUAUUGAACAAGAGCUUCGACUAAUGAACAUAGAUAUAGCACCAACUCCAACUGAACCUAUCUGCAAACAUUUCAAUGAGCUCCGCUCUGAUCUGGCUUUGUCCAUAGAUCUGAAAAAUGCUUUAGCAUCCUGUGAGUUUGAAUUGCAAGCUUUGCGCCACCAAUAUGAAGCUUUAAACCCGGGAAAGACCCUUACGAUUCCAGCAUCAAUAUGCAACACAAGUGUGGACAGUGACUCGAAACCAGUUGGUGAAAUAAUUGAUGUGGUUGGUUCUCCUGGUGCAAUGAAUACAACCAUAUAGUAUUGUUAUUGUUACAGAGAGUAAACAAUGAACUGUUUUUUUUUAUAUAUUUUCACAAAAACUUUAAAUCAGAAAAGUAAAAGAAACAGAUUGGUUGUAUUCUAGAUAAGGACAUUUUCAAUGUUAGAUUUAAAUGUAUGUACACCACUGAAACUUACUUCAGAAAAAUAAAUUAACAUGCAAUAGACAAA